AUGUCUGUGUACGUGUAUGGUGGUAGAAAGUGCACAGAGAACGAGGGCAAGGAAGAUAAAACCAUCACAGAAUUGGUUGGCCGCUUGUCAUGGCCAAAUGAUCCUAGAUUGAAGGGCUGUCACAAGAACACGCGCCUUCUAGAUGCUGUCGGAAAUGGUGACAUCGAGAGAAUAUCUAAACUAUUAAAGUUAGAUGCUAGCCCCAAUGCCACGUGCCAUCUAAACUGCGUAUCAGCUUGUCACAUGGCUGCCAUGAUGGAUAAUGAAUCGUUAUCGAUGCUCAUCGCAGCUGGGGCUCAAGCUUUAGGACUCAUGGUCUUGGUCGAAUUCCACUACAUCUCGCCGCUUGGGCAGGAAGAUCGAGACAAAUUGCUGUUUUAUUGGAUUUUCCAGAAUAUUAUGUUUAUGAAGAUUAUGGCAGGAAAAAGUUAUUUCUUCUUCUUAGAGACUUGGACAAAUUUUAUAGCUACUAUAUUGGCUAUGUUCCUACCUGCAGUGAUAUCGACUUUCAGUCCUGAAUCUGAGCUAAUGCGAGCUGUAGCAUCUCCAACCAGGUCAGGAGUCCUCCUGACCUGGUUGGAGAUGAUGUUCCUCCUCUGCAAAUUUCCACGAUGGGGAUUCUAUGUUUUAAUGUUCGGAAAAGUUACAGCAGAAGUCUUAAAAGUAAGUUACAAGAUUGUUGAUGAGACUAUUUUAAACAAAGUUAUGAGGUGGUUGUCCAUAUUUGCUAUACUUAAGUUAAAGAACAGAGUCAUGUUCGUGAACGCUAUGAUCGUCAAUGUUCCUCAAUGGUUAGCAAGAUUUUCUGUUGUUGGCGCUAGGAGCGUGUUAAAUUUUUUUUUUUCAUUUGAGAUAAAGAUAAUCAUUGCAUUAUAUGGAUGUCUUCAUACUAUCAUCCUUAGCACUAUAACUCCUAGAAAAUAA